CCCGAACUAAGUUUAUAAAUUAAAAUUCUUUAUUUGAGUACAAGGCAAGAGAAAUAUGAUUGUUGUUAUAUUAAUAAGUUUCGCAUUAAUUUUAUCCAUAAAAAAGUUACAGAACUUCACUUCACAACAUUUAAGAAUAAAAUAAAAUGUUGCUUUUUUAUUUUAGUGCAGUUAAACACUUUAGUAACCCCAUAUUCUUCACACUUCUAAUUGAUAAUGGCACCGCAUAUUCUUGAUUAGUUAAAAUAAACAGUGUCAGUAUAAUGAAGUGGGUGUUUCUCGUAGUUGCACUGUUCGCCCUUGAAUUGACUUGGGCAAUGAAGCUUUUCCGGGGACCUUGUCCACAAAAUAUGACGGCAAUGAAAAAUUUGGAUAUAAAUAAUUUCAUGGGAAAGUGGUACAUACACUCCAAAUACCCACCAAUUCCGGAUAAGGUUUCCAGAUGUCAAUCGGUGGUAUUUAGACAGGACAACGAGACAAACCCUUAUAUUGAGAAGCGAAUGUUAAGCAGCCAAACCGAUACAGUGGUGUUUCAAAAGGCUGAAAUUCUCAAAUGGGAGCCCGAGGCAGGAAGAUAUGUUCAGGAUACCAAAAAUAAAGCAUUUCCUAAAGGCAUUCAGAUUUACAUACUGGAUACGGAUUACACCAACUACGCCAUUCGCUUUAUGUGUUUCGAUACCAACAAAAUAUUUAGCUUUCAUUGGGCUGUCCUUCAGUUCCGCCGGCGGGUUCCUAAUGCGGAAGUUGUAUAUAAUGCACAGAAAAUAGCCAGAGAAAAUGGUGUUAAAAUAAGUCUGUUUGUGAAUGUACCGCAAAAUGCCUGUCCCUCUGAUACCUGAGAAACAAUAGCUAUAAGACUUUAAUGUUAGGCCUUAAAAAUUAAUUUGUUAUCUUGAUGCUUUAACAACCAAUAAUAAUUUAGUUACUGCUUUUAAAUAUUCGACUGCUUUAGCUUGAGCUAAUAUCAGGCUUCACAAUAAUAUCAGAUUUGUAAAAUAUACAACACCUGUAGGAAUAGAAAAUAAAAUGGCAGGAAGCCAUAGUAGCCUGCUUCUACCAAAAACUCCUCUAUUUACUCGGCCUUGGUGUUUGUUCUCUGCCAGCAAAACAAAUGUUGGCCAACAGAAACUGACAUAAAUCACAAAACCGCACUUGGAACGGAUGCGCAUAGAUAAACCUUGCCCCAACUCAGCCCACCACCUCAUUCCCUUGGCAGAAAUAAAGAAAAGGGACAAUUGUAAAAUUAAACAGCGAA